AGGCAGCUGCCCCGGGACCAGGGAGGUGCAGGCACUUGUUUGGAGACACUGGAAAAAGGAAAACCACUCUUGGUGGUUGUAAAUGAAAAGCUGAUGAACAAUCAUCAGCUAGAAUUAGCCAGGCAACUAUACAGAGAUGGACACCUCUUCUACUGCACUUGUAGCACCCUUUUGGAGUCAUUGAAGUCAAUCGAUUUGUCAACACUGAAACCCUUUCCUCCUGGACAGCCAGAAAAGUUUGCUGCAUUCUUGGAUAGAGUUAUUGGAUUUGAAUAACUAAUCCAGAAAAAUGAAAAUGUUAGUAUGUGGUCAAAUUCUUCUAAUGUCACUUCCUUAAUAGGAAAAUCCACUUAUUGGGACCAACACUUUUUGUAUCAACUGAACAUAAAUAUGCCUGUUCAAUUUCAGCUGACAUUAAAUAUUUUCCCAUUUAAUGCCAAUUUAAAAUCUACUGGCUUCAUGCUUCAGUUAACACAUUGUCAGUAGAGGUAUAGGGUUAUUUUUUGUUUGACAACUAUAUCUAAAGGACUUAUCUAGAAAGAGUCAAGGAGAGCCAGAAACUAAAGACCCACAACUUGACUCUUGCAGACAAGUCCAGCUGAUAAAGCAGAUGGCAAAUCCAGCUAACAGACAAAAAGAUGUUUCCUUGCAGUUUUCAGUCUCAACUGUGAGUACGAUCUUAAAGAAAAAGAGAGAGAUCCUAAACGAGUAGCACAGUGGUUCAAACUACAAUCAAAAAUGGCAACAGGUGGGGAAAAAGAAGGGGGUAGAGGAGGCACUUCUGUGCUGGUUUGUUCAUACACAUCAUCAGAACAUAUCAAUUACAGGUGAGUUACUGAUCAGGAAAGCACAAAACAUUGCAACAGAAAUGGGACUUGAAAAUUUUGAACCAGUCAACAGGUGGCUUUGCUGGCGGAAAGCAUGAACUACCAUUGCAUUUAAAUGGAGCCAUGUUGAGAGAGAUACUGGUAUCUCAACUCAAGCACUGGACAACAGAUGUCUUACCCUCAAUCUUGGCCAAAUUCUGGCCUUUAAAAAGUCAUCAUUAGCAGCCAAAUAGUAAAGGAAAGAGUCACUGUUCUUGUGUGUCCAAGCCAAAUUGGCAAAGAUAAAAUGAAAAUUCUUCUGAUUGAAAACCGGAAAAUGCCAUGUUGUUUUCCUUGUGUCCCCUCCCCGUCUAUGAUCUAUAAAGCAAACAGGAAUGCAUGAAUGAUUGCCAUCAGAUUCACUGAAUGGCUUAUGAACAUUGACAAAGAGAUGGGGAAAAAGAAGAGGAAAAUUGCAGUGAUUCUCAAUUGUUCAGCCCACCCUACUCCAGAAUUUACAAAUGUGAAACUGAAUUUUCUGCUGCCCAGUACAAUUUCUCUACACCAGACUACGGUUGAAGGGGUCAUUCAAAAUUUAAAGCUCCAUUAUAGAAAGAUCAUGGUGCAUAAAUUCUUCAUGCAAACUGAUGGUGGCACAGCAAAUGUGAGAAAGUUCACUAAAGAUCUUGGUGUUUUGGAUGCUGUUUAUGUUGCGCAGUACCAGGCUGGAGGUAACAACUUUGUCAGUUGUAACCGAAAAGCUGGUUUUGCAGCUGCCAUCAAGGAAAUCACAGACUUAUCUUGGAGGACUUUUCAGCUGAACUUGGAGAGACUUAUGUCUUUGGCUGAUUUCCAUUAAUACUCUAAUACAGAUGCUGACCUUGAAUGGUUAAGUCAGAUGACAUAAUUAAGAUCUAUGUAGAUCAGUUUUGGAGCCUACUGAAGUGAACAAAACUGGGGGGGAAGAUGCAGUCCUAAAACCAACCAAAGAAGCUAUUUUUAGAACAAGCUUUUGGUUGUAAUGAAGUGAAUAAAACUAUUACUAAAUCCAUUCUACAGUUUGGUAAAGCCCCAAUCUCUGUCAGGUACUAACAGCAUCGUCUGAUCCCAUCUAUAAGGCCACAUAGUGUUUUAACCAUAUUGGAAAUUAAUGUGAAACCAGGUCCUCCACCACAGCAGCUUCUUUCGUAAUAUAGCCUGGUCCACACUUGGAACAGACCUGUACUAGUUACACUUAUGUUGAUACAUAGCUGUUAUCAAAGUUCUGACUGCUUCUCCCAGAUCACUGCAGUGUGGUUGAGUUUUGUUUUAUGCAAACAGUCAAACGUAGUUGUACACUGCUAAAAAGUUAGUCUUCAACAAAAUUUGCUAGCACAAUUUUCAGGAGGAAAAAAAUCCCUGUCCACACUGACUGACACCCUUCUAGUUACACCCAUAUCAACAACCAUAUUUUAGUGUGGUUCUGAUCCCUGUAACUAGGAUACAAGCUAACCUAAAGUCUAAAUUAAAGUGCUCUUCCUCUAAAUAUUCUUUAAAUGUUUGUAUUUGAAAGCUGACAGUGAUGCGGUUCCAAAUAUCACAGUACAUGUGACCACAAAUGAUGGAAACAAAUUAAUUUUAUUUCAUGAAUGCUUAUUGAGCUAGGCAGCAUACAUACUUAAUAAAAAGACAGCCCCUGCCUCCUAACAGUUUAUAAUUUGGUUUGAUAUUUUUUCCCAAAUUUAGCUGUGUGAUUUUGGACAUGCAACAAAUAUGUGAAAGGGACAGAGCGGAACAGAAGCUUUGUUUGGCAUAUUAAGAGCUGAAAAGAGGAAAAUUGGCUCAACUUUAUAAUUUCCUAAAAAAAGUAUGAACACACUCUCUGCAACAGAUUUCAGAUUUCUUUAUUUCAAUUAUGUGUCUUCUGCUAAUAUCUUUAUUUCAACAGAGAGGGUUUUUUUACAUGUCAUAGCAUCAGAAAAGCAAGGCAAGGAGUCUGUGAUGUAAAUUUUUGUGAAUAAAUACAGUAAAGUAAGGUUUGUAUUAGGGCUGUCAAGCAAUUAAAAAAAAUUAAUCACGCUGUUAAACAAUAAUAGAAUACCAUUUGUUUUAAAUAUUUUUGGAUGUUUACUAAAUUUUCAUAUAUAUUAAUUUCAGUUACAACACAGAAUACAAAGUGUAUAGUGCUCACUUUAUAUUUUUUAUUAUAAAUAUUUGCACUGUAAAAAACAAAAAUUGUAUUUUUCAAUUCACCUCAUACAAGUACUGUAGUGCAAUCUCUUUAUCAUGAAAGUUGAACUUACAAAUGUAGAAUUAUGUACAAAAAAAACCUGCACUCAAACGUAAAACUUUAGAGCCUACAAGUCCACUCAGUCCUACUUCUUGGUCAGCCAAUCACUCAGACAAACAAGAUUGGUUACGAUUUGCAGAAGAUAAUGCUGCCUGCUUCUUGUUUAUAGUGUCACCUGAAAGUGAGAACAGGCGUUCACAUGGCACUGUAGUAGCUGGAGUUGCAAGAUAUUUACAUGCCAGAUGCACUAAAGAAUCAUAUGUCCCUUCAUGCUUCAACCACCAUUCCAGAGGACAUGCUUCCAUGCUGAUGAUGGGUUCUGCUUGAUAACGAUCCAAAGCAGUGCGGACUUACGCAUGUCCAUUUUCAUCAUCUGAGUCAUGCCACCAGCAGAAGAUUGAUUUUCUUUUUUGGUGAUUUGGGUUCUAUAUUUUCCGCAUCAGAGUGUUGCUCUUUUAAGACUUCUAAAAGCAUGCUCCACACCUCGUCCCUCUCAGAUUUUGGACAGCACUCCAGAUUCUAAAUGUUGGGUCGACUGCUGUAGCUAUUUUUAGAAAUCUCACAUCGGUACCUUCUUUGCAUUUUGUCAGAUCUGCUCUGAAAGUGUUCUUAUAACGAACAUGUGCUAGGUCAUCAUCCCUGACUGCUAUAACAUGAAAUAUAUGCAGAAUGCAGGUAAAACAGAGCAGGAGACAUUCAAUUCUCCCCCGAAAGAGUACAGUCACAAAUUUAAUUGAUGCAUUAUUUUUUUAGCUAGCAUCAUUGGCAUGGAAACAUGUCCUCUGCAAGGGUGGCUGAAGCAUGAAGGGGCAUACAAACGUUUAGCAUAUCUGACAUGUAAAUACGUUGCAACACCAGCUACAAAAGUACCAUUCGAACACCUAUUCUCACUUUCAGGUGACAUUGUAAAUAAGAAGCAGGCAGCAGUAUUUCCUAUCAAGGUAAACAAACUUGUUUGUCUUAGCGAUUGGUGGAAUAAGUAGGAAGACUGAGUGGACUUGUAGGUUCUAAAGUUUUACGCUGUUUUGUUUUUGAGUGCAGUUAUGUAACCAAAAAAAAUCUGCAUUUGCAAGUUACACUUUCACGAUAAAUAGAUUGCACUGCAGUACUUGUAUGAGGUGAACUGAAAAAUACUAUUUCUUUUGCUUAUCAUUUUUACAGUGCAUAUAUUUGUAAUCAAAAAUAAUAAUAUAAAGUGAGCACUGUGCAUUUUGUAUUCUGUGUUGUAAUUGAAAUCAAUAUCGAAAAUGUAGAAAAGCAUCCAAAAUAUUUAAUAAAUUUCAAUUGGUAUUGUAUUGUUAUAAGUGUGAUUAAUCACGAUUAACUCAAAAGGAUUAAUCGCAAUUAAAAAAAUUAAUCACGAGUUAACUGAUUAAUUGACAGCCUUAGUUUGUAUGUAUUAUGUUUACGGUGUGGGUAUUAAUAAACAUUCACACAAUAAACAGAACGUAUUAUUGGUUAAAUAUACUUUUGUUUGGCAGAAUUUUGAAAAAUACAGACUAUUCAAUCAGAGGUUCUUACAACAUUGUAGACCUGUCCAGGCAAGGUGAAUAGGUUGUGUUUUAAACCAUGUUCGCAAACACAUUUUUAAAAAUACAAUAUUAUACAGGAGUUUUCACCUAGUGUAGACAGGGCAAGGUCUGCUUAUAUGUGUUAGGUGGUCAUGGUCAAUCCUAAACUCCUGUUUUUCUACUCCAGACAUAGGCUAAAUAUUUUUUGGACUCCAGGUUUGAUUUAUUUAUAUAGCUGCAAGUCCGUGUCGGAGUUCAUGCAGGUUGAAAUGUAAAAGUGCCAAUAAUUCCACCAACUGAGAACAGAAAGAACACCUAUAUCAAAUAAAGAAAACAUUGUUUUGAGA